AAAAAAAUGAUAACAAUUCCAUCACAGCCUACAGCGGGGAUACAUACAGCCCGACCGCUAAAUCUACCUAUCUACCCUUAAAAAACACCCUACCCUACCCACCUCCUGACCACGGAACAAGACGAGGGGAGGACGGCCAUUCAUAUCGGAACCAGUAUAACGCAGUAAAAUUCGAAGUCCUCUUGAGAAGCUCGAUACAAUCUCACAUCCAAAAUCAACAUGGCCUCCGCCGCAGCAGCUCCGCCGAGUGGCGGCAACAGCGCGGGUGUUUUUAGGAAUAAAGAGAAGCCCGUGGCUGUACGUUCAUCCAACAUUGUCGCUGCUAGAGCUGUUGCCGAUGCCAUAAGAACCUCUCUAGGCCCCCGAGGAAUGGACAAGAUGAUUCGAAGCGGCAAGGGCGAAACCAUUAUCACAAACGAUGGACAUACCAUGUUGAAGAGUAUGGCUGUCAUGCAUCCGACUGCGAAGAUGCUCGUCAACCUUUCGUCUGCCCAGGAUGUCGAGGCCGGUGAUGGAACAACCUCUGUUGUCGUCAUAUGCGGUGCUUUGCUUGGUGCCGCAGACCGCCUACUCUCUAAGGGCAUUCACCCAUCGGUCAUCUCCGAGUCUUUUCAGCGAGCUGCCGCCGCCGCCGUCCAGAUUCUACACGACAUGUCACAGCCUGUUUCUCUAUCAGAUAGCGCUACCCUGCUUCAGGCAGCCAACACCUCGCUAUCAUCAAAGAUUGUCUCACAAUACUCGGGCCUACUGGGUUCCAUGGCCGUGAACGCCGUCACAAAAACGAUAGAUGUCAAAACGGCCGACAAUGUCGACCUAAAAAAUAUCAGAAUUAUUAAGAAAGUCGGAGGCACAAUAGAAGAUAGUGAGCUGGUCAAUGGACUAGUUCUAACACAACCCGUUAUCAAGGCCGCUGGUGGGCCGAUAAGAAUGGAGAAGGCCAAGAUUGGUCUCAUCCAGUUCCAACUGAGCCCUCCCAAGCCAGAUAUGGAAAACACCAUCUCAGUCAACGACUAUCGUCAAAUGGAUAAGAUUGUGAAAGAGGAACGACUCUACCUAUUAGAUCUGGUCAAGAAGAUCAAGAAGGCGAAGUGCAACGUUCUCCUGAUCCAGAAAUCUAUCCUUCGUGAUGCUGUCAAUGAUCUCUCAUUGCACUUCUUAGCAAAGCUCAACAUCCUUGCCGUCAAAGACAUUGAACGAGACGAGGUUGAGUUCAUCUGCAAGUCAACUGGCUGCAAGCCCAUUGCGGACAUUGACUCUUUCACUGAGGACAAGCUCGGAACCGCCGAUCUAGUUGAGGAGGUCCAAUCUAACGGAGCCCGGAUGGUUAAGGUCACGGGCACGAAGGCAACAGGCAAGACUGUCUCGGUAGUAUGCCGUGGCGCAAACGGCCUUAUCCUCGAUGAGGCAGAGCGUUCUCUCCAUGACGCACUUUGCGUUAUCCGGUGUCUUGUCAAGAAAAAGGCUCUCAUUGCAGGUGGUGGUGCCCCUGAAAUUGAGAUAGCGGCCCAACUUUCCAAACAGGCUCGUUCCUUAACUGGAACCGAAGCCAUUUGCUGGAAGGCAUUCGCUGAAGCUCUAGAGAUUAUACCCACCACACUAGCCGAAAACGCUGGGCUCAACAGCAUCAAGGUUGUUACAGAUCUUCGACAUAGACACGAAAUGGGAGAGAAGAACGCGGGUGUCAGCAUCAGGAGUGGCGGUGUGAACACGAACAUCGCCAAAGAAAACGUACUCCAGCCAUUGUUAGUGAGCACAAGCGCCAUAGAACUAGCAGCGGAGACGGUUAAGAUGAUACUAAGAAUUGACGACAUCGCAUUGACGCGGUAAAGCGGGAAGGGACUUGCAGAUAUCCUGCAGGGGGUGUAACAUAACAGACAUGUAAUCACACAUGGUCAGGAUGUCUAAUAGAUUGAUUCCCCAACCAUCACCAUUAGUGGCCCCAAGGCUUACUUGGAAAUACAACGUGUAUAGCACUAGUGAAAGAAAAGAUGAUUACGCCGCAUUCAGAUUGAGUAUCCAGGAAGACAGGGGGAAAAUCGAAACAAAAGAGGACAAUCCAUUAAUCGGGACGAAACAAAAUGGCAUCAUCGUAUAUCAAAAUGUAAUUCGGCUUUGAUUCCGUGCCCCAGAAACAAGUCCCCACGCUAGGCGGGGUCGAUGAGG